AUGAAGCGAAUUAUCACUCACUUCUUGGGUGACGUCUCUUUCGAGACCAGCAGUCUCCAGAAAAUUGCAGACACCCUAGAUCAGGGUCAGCAGCAGUCGGAUAGCGAUUCAGUCGAUUCGAACGAUGCUACCCCGACAAAUGACUACUCUAUAGAUCCUCUUUCGACUAGCACAAUGCAUUAUUCGGGGGAGUUGUCCCAUUGGAACUUCUCCAGAAUGCUCGGACGACGCCUACAAAGUCUUGGGGAAAGGACAGGGCAAAGCAAGAGUCUAGACCAGGCUGAGGGUUUCUUUCGGGCUACUGCUCUGCAAUCAGCUGGCUCUUGUGUCGCCCUUGCUAAAACUUAUUUUCCGCCAAAACAUAUCGCGGAAUUCUUGACAAGCGCUUUUUUGAAAUUCAGCCAAACGAAUUAUUUUUAUUUUCACGAACCUACUUUCCGCGAGAAACUGAACUUCUACUAUGCCACUGACCACACGCUAUCAAUCAAUGACGCUGGCUGGAUAUGCACUCUUCUCAUGACUUUCGCAAUUGGCACGCAGUUUGCCGAUAUGCAGAUCAAAUCAAUACCUGGUAGUAGUGCCUCUGCUACUGAAACUAGUCCUGAUGACCACAUAGGGUUGGAGCUCUAUCGGUUUUCAUGUCGACUCAUUCCGGAUCUUAUCACAGUUGCAAGUGUGGAGACUGUCCAGGCCUUUUUACUUCUGGGUGUGUAUACUUUGCCGAUCGACACAGCAGGUUUGGCGUACAUUUACUAUGGCCUCGCGAUUAAGAUGGCAAUUCAAAAUGGUAUGCACCGCAAGCUAUUUGAAGGCAACGUAGCCCCAGAGAUUGUUGAGGUGCGAAAUCGCCUUUGGUGGUCUGCAUAUUCGCUGGAAAAUCGCAUCGGUAUUCUACAUGGCCGCCCUUUAUCUGUGUCUCCUGCCGAAAUCGAUACCCCCAUGCCUGUCGAUCUUCCGGCUCUACGACCAAUUGACCAAUUGACCAACCUACCCAACUUCACCGCUACGAUCGUCUUGACGAAUCAUUUGGCAAAAGCCGCGGAAGCGAUGAGGUCUCUGCGACGUUGCCGGAGGGCCAAAAAGAAGAAGUACCUUCGGCAACUUGCCGCAACCCGCGAUCGACUAAGCUCAUGGUGGGAAAGUCUCCCCACUGAGAUCCACUGCCGACAUCUGGCUCCUGCCGGAGCAUACUUUCGUUGCAAUGUGCACCUUGAAAUCUAUUACAGGACAACCUUGAUCUAUAUGGGCCGUCCUUUCAUCAUAUCUCAAGCAACAUCUGGGUCAUUCAACCUGGACUCGGGCUCAACCAUGCAUGAAGUCCCAGAUAUCGUGAACACUCUUCGACGAGACUCACUUCAUGCGGCGCUUAGAGUGAUCGAGCUUUGUCAGCUUUUACAAGACUCUGUCGGCCUCGCGCGUGUCUCAUAUACCGAAUUUAAUGGGUGCCGCGUUGCUCUAUUGGCUCUCAUUGCCCAUAGCAUCAACGAACCAACGAGCAGGAUAUCCAGUGUCUUGACUCAAGGUAUGGGGCUCAUCCGUCAGAUCUGUCCCGGGCUGGAAUCCGCGCGAUCUGAAGUGGCUGUCAUCGAAGCGCUUGAACGCGCAAGGCAACGGCUUCAUAGUCAUACCGUGGAAGGGCAGAGCGGCGUGACAGAUCAUACAACAGGCUAUGAUCAAUUCAAAGAAUGGGCAAAACUUUGGCGAGGAGAUCCGCUGGAUGGUAGCGAUGUCCUCGUCUCGACAAAUUUGGAGAUGCCGUCUGAACAGCGCUCUCCCAACUCUGUUCCUUCUUUUGAUGGAUUCUUCUCAUCUUUUCCCAAUGAGCUGGGUGAAUUCACCGCCAUCCCGGGGCUAAAUUACGAUUUGUCACUAGCCCAGGAAUGGUUGGGUGGCCCUCAACCUGAAGAUUCCGAAUGGUUCAUGAAUCAACCACUCUGA